GGCCUGUCUAAUAAAUCUCAAAACCACUUACACGGAGCAAGUUUGAUACUUGUGAAAGCACUGUUUUUGAGAUAUCUCCCCGUCAUUAUGCCACCAGUCAAGCCACUGCCUAUAUCUGACGAGUUCAGUUCUGCAGAGCAUUAUGUGAGCUCACUGCUGGACUUUGCCUCCACAAACGACCUUUUCCAAAUUCUCUGCGGAGGCGUCCACAUUCUGGACUUCUUCACCAAUGAGCCGGGCCUGUUCGAGUAUGUCCUCGAGCCCGAGUGGCAGGAAUUCCUAAUGCAAUGCGACCCCAUGGACCUGCUGGACUUCCUCCUGAGAGAUGACCCAGACGCCCCGGCAGCGGAGCGCUCAUGGCCCGACGCGCCCGGGUCCCUGCGCCAGUACGUCAAGGACAUACGGCGGCUGUCGCUGCGGCGCUCCUUCGCGCCGGCGAGGCCCAGGCUGCCCGUCCUGCCGCGGCAGGUGGCCGUGGGCAUGAACGUCAAGAAGAAGCACGAGGUCGUCCACUUUGCGGACUACGUGGACCGCCUGGCCGGGGACGUCGCGCGGCUGACGGGCGGCCGGGUGACGCACCUCGUCGACUUUGGCAGCGGCCAGAACUACCUGGGGCGGGCGCUGGCCUCGGCGCCGUACAGCAGGGACAUCGUGGCCGUCGAGAGGCACGAGCACAACCAGGCGGGCGCCCGGGAGCUGGACGUGCUGGCCGGCAUCGCGGAGACGGAGAAGGUGCUGCGGAACAAGAAGAUCUGGCAGAGCCUGGUGGACAGCAGGAAGAGGGGCGCCGGCGGCCUGGACGACAAGGCCCGGCGGCGCAUGGCGGAGCAGGGGAAGCAGCAGCAGCAGCACACGCCCGAGCAGGUCGCGGCGGUGGAGCUCCGGCCGAGGAGGGAGCUCGAGGCCAUCUACCGCCCCGAGGAGGGGAGGGGCAUGAUCCAGUACGUCACGGGGCGGCUCGAGACGGGGGACCUGUCCGACGUGCUCGGCAAGAUCCACGGCGGCGGCGCGCCCGAGGGGCAAGAAGGGGGGCGCGGGGGGCUCUCGCUCAUGGCCAUCUCGAUCCACUCGUGCGGGAACCUCUCGCACUUUGGGAUCCGCUCCAUGAUCCUGAACCCCAGCAUCAAGGCGGUCGCGAUCGUGGGGUGCUGCUACAACCUGCUUACGGAGAAGUUGGGCCCCCCAACGUACAAGCUGCCUUAUAUGCGGCCCAGCCUGCAGGCUGUCAACGGGCGCGUGGUGCGCGAGUCGGAGAAGUAUGACCCUCAGGGGUUCCCCAUGAGCGACCGGGUGUCGAGUUAUAAUGGUUCCGGGAUUCGUUUUAAUAUCACGGCUCGGAUGAUGGCAUGUCAAGCGCCACAGAACUGGACAGAAGUCGAGUCAGACUCCUUCUUCACGAGGCACUUCUACCGCGCGGUCCUACAGAAGAUAUUCCUAGACAAGGGCGUCAUCACAAAGGUGUACCACGACAAGACCUCCGGCGGCGGCGGCCCCGCGGCGGGGGCGGGGGAGAGCCCCUUCAACAUGAGCACGAACCCGGUCAUCAUCGGGUCGCUGGGCAAGAGCUGCUUCCGGUCGUUCCACGCGUACGUGCGCGGGGCGAUCAGGAAGCUGUCGGCCACCCCCGGCUCGGACAAGUACAGCGCGGCGAUCGACGCCCGGAUGGGCGGCAUGACGGACGAGGAGAUCGAGGCGUACGCGGCGGCGUACGCGCCGCGCAAGCGGGAGCUGAGCGCCAUGUGGACGCUGAUGGCCUUCAGCGCGGGCGUGGUCGAGUCGCUCAUCGUCACGGACCGCUGGCUCUUCCUGCGCGAGCACGCUGAUGUCGUCCAGGACUGCUGGGUCGAGCCCGUGUUUGACUACAAGGAGAGCCCGCGGAACCUGGUCGUUGUUGGUAUCAAGAGGAGGGAGGAGGCUGCCACCGGGGACUGAUCGUGGUGCCCCCCUCUUUUCUUCUCUUUUUCCCUUUACUGAGCGCUUCGGCCGACGGACGGACGACUGCGGCGCCUCGCCGUCAGCUCUUGAGGGCGGGCAGGCGGGCAGGCUGGCAGGUGAGGGCGGCAGCUGAGGAACGGCCAAUCGGGGCCGCGUCACCCCCCCGGGGCUCAAGCACAUCCGGCCCGGCAUGCCUCUUUUGUCUUCCCAGACGCAGGGGGUGUGGACGUGGGUGUUGGUACCCUCGGCAUGCCGCGCUGUGGCAGUCGCACGCGCGCAUCAAGGAGGAGGCUGGGCAGCACAGGAGAGCCAUUGUCCUGCAGGAUAUCACAAAUGCUGCAGGUGAGAGGAGACGUGUAAUGCGCCGCUUGAUGUCAUGCAUUGCAGGAGUGCGCGGGAUGGGUGGGAGGAGGACGCGCCUGGGGGGAAGGGGGGGGACGUCAAUCCAGGGGUCCUGCGUGCGUCUUCUUUGGUACGGUGGUCCCGCCCUACAUACCCCAUGCGGCCUGGGCUGGUAAAACUUGGAGAACGAGAGGUCAUGGAUAUCAGAUAGGGAUGUGCUUCGGGAUAGGAUCGCUGUGGUGUUGCAGGCCUGCCUGACCGCGGGUCGCAACGGGCUGUUGCAAGAGUGUGAGACCAUCAGCCCUAGAGCGGCGUGCCCUCGCGUCACGCGUACGUCAAAUCACAUCAGCACCCCCGAUCCAAGGUGGAAGCGGCGGUGGCGAGAGUUGCGGCUCUGUUUGAAUGAUGAGUGAGCUGGACAGGAUCGUGCCUUGUGACACGCAAAUAUGUUCAGCCACGUAGGUAGAUUCCCAACCCAGACCACGCACAACUUUGGAAAUCCUGUUUCCCAAUCCGGCCGUGGGGUGUAAAAUGUGAAGCCUUGUGACGUGGAACAAUGGGGUCAGGAUGCCCCGAGCCAUAGCCAUACAGGGCACAGCGAUGGGCUCAACCCCAUUCCAAGCCUGAAAGCCACCUGGCAGAGGCUGGGAUAUACGACCAACCGCCAGCCGCGGCCUACCACGGUCAGCAAGUUGACCCCCAACAUAUCCACAAUCCCGCCGGCCGAGGCUAUCCGCACAUCGCGGAUAUGGCAACGCAUCGGCUGCCCCGAUAGGAAGGGACGUGGAGGAGACCAUCUACGUAGGUCAAGUCUAGGCUUGUGUGUGUGUGUGAGUGUGAGAGAGGAUUUUAUGGUUAGGCGCGCACGGCGAGUAAGACGACGUUGGGGAGGCUCGGAUCAUCCGUCGCACAGCAUGAGGUGGC